AGUGGGGUGUAAAUAACGCAGGCAGAAGCUCCAGAGAGGGUGGAGACAGAGCUUCACGGAAGAAAAAUAUGUGAACCUGGUUGGUACAACAGAGCUUCUCCAGACCCACCCACCCACCCCUUCCUGAGCUCUGUGCCUCGGGUGGCGGCGGGAGGUUGACGGCUAGUGGUGCUGAAGGGACAGCUCCAGCAGUGGCUGAUUUCGGGGGAGAAACGAAACCUGCAGAUGGAAUCCGAGCAGGGCGACUUCACCUUCAAGUGGUGAGCUCUCCUGACCUCCGGCCAGUCUCCGCUCCAUUCACUGGCAGCCGAUCUGCCCGCUCCCGGUGGGGUCGGGCAGUGCCGGCUGGACCCGCCCCGAGCUCCAUGGUUUGCCCAACCCUGCGCGAUGGUGACUCUGGGCGCGGAGGUUGGCAACUGGCAAAUCCGCAGAUCACAGAAUGAAGGCGGGGAGCGCGGCUGGCGGCCGGCGGGGGCUGUCUCCCCCACCCCAGCGCCCAGAGAAGCUGCUCAACCACCUGAAUCCGGAAAACGCCAACAAGUAGUUUCUCUUUGGAGAAGGGCGGCUCAGCUGGGCGCCAAGACUCAGUCCCGCUGCCCAGAGAACCUCAUCCACUCGGAAACCAAAGCAGAACCACUUUUCUCUGGGUCUCGUUAAGUCAUGUCUGAGUCACAGAGAUGGGCAAGAUCGAGAACAACGAGAGGGUGAUCCUCAAUGUCGGGGGCACCCGGCACGAAACCUACCGCAGCACCCUCAAGACCCUGCCCGGAACACGCCUGGCCCUCCUCGCCUCCUCCGAGCCCCCGGGCGACUGCCCCACCACGGCGGGCGACAAGCUGCAGCCGUCGCCUCCUCCGCUGUCGCCGCCGCCGAGAGCGCCCCCGCUGUCCCCCGGGCCCGGCGGCUGCUUCGAGGGCGGCGCCGGCAACUGCAGCUCCCGCGGCUGCCGGGCCAGCGACCACCCCGGGGGCGGCCGCGAGUUCUUCUUCGACCGGCACCCGGGCGUCUUCGCCUAUGUGCUCAACUACUACCGCACGGGCAAGCUGCACUGCCCCGCAGACGUGUGCGGGCCGCUCUUCGAGGAGGAGCUGGCCUUCUGGGGCAUCGACGAGACCGACGUGGAGCCCUGCUGCUGGAUGACCUACCGGCAGCACCGCGACGCCGAGGAGGCGCUGGACAUCUUCGAGACCCCCGACCUCAUCGGCGGCGACCCCGGCGACGACGAGGACCUGGCGGCCAAGAGGCUGGGCAUCGAGGACGCGGCGGGGCUCGGGGGCCCCGAUGGCAAAUCCGGCCGCUGGAGGAGGCUGCAGCCCCGCAUGUGGGCCCUCUUCGAAGACCCCUACUCGUCCAGAGCCGCCAGGUUUAUUGCUUUUGCUUCUUUAUUCUUCAUCCUGGUUUCAAUUACAACUUUUUGCCUGGAAACACAUGAAGCUUUCAAUAUUGUUAAAAACAAGACAGAACCAGUCAUCAAUGGCACAAGUGUUGUUCUACAGUAUGAAAUUGAAACGGAUCCUGCCUUGACGUAUGUAGAAGGAGUGUGUGUGGUGUGGUUUACUUUUGAAUUUUUAGUCCGUAUUGUUUUCUCACCCAAUAAACUUGAAUUCAUCAAAAAUCUCUUGAAUAUCAUUGACUUUGUGGCCAUCCUACCUUUCUACUUAGAGGUGGGACUCAGUGGGCUGUCAUCCAAAGCUGCUAAAGAUGUACUUGGCUUCCUCAGGGUGGUAAGGUUUGUGAGGAUCCUGAGAAUUUUCAAGCUCACCCGCCAUUUUGUAGGUCUGAGGGUGCUUGGACAUACUCUUCGAGCUAGUACUAAUGAAUUUUUGCUGCUGAUAAUCUUCCUGGCUCUAGGAGUUUUGAUAUUUGCUACCAUGAUCUACUAUGCCGAGAGAGUGGGAGCUCAACCUAACGACCCUUCAGCUAGUGAGCACACGCAGUUCAAAAACAUUCCCAUUGGGUUCUGGUGGGCUGUGGUGACCAUGACUACCCUGGGUUAUGGGGAUAUGUACCCCCAAACGUGGUCAGGCAUGCUGGUGGGAGCCCUGUGUGCUCUGGCUGGAGUACUGACAAUAGCCAUGCCAGUGCCUGUCAUUGUGAACAAUUUUGGAAUGUACUACUCCUUGGCAAUGGCAAAGCAGAAACUUCCAAGGAAAAGAAAGAAGCACAUCCCUCCUGCUCCUCAGGCAAGCUCACCUACUUUUUGCAAGACAGAAUUAAAUAUGGCCUGCAAUAGUACACAGAGUGACACGUGUCUGGGCAAAGACAACCGACUUCUGGAACAUAACAGAUCAGUGUUAUCAGGUGACGACAGUACAGGAAGUGAGCCGCCACUAUCACCCCCAGAAAGGCUCCCCAUCAGACGCUCUAGUACCAGAGACAAAAACAGAAGAGGGGAAACAUGUUUCCUACUGACAACAGGUGAUUACACGUGUGCUUCUGAUGGAGGGAUCAGGAAAGGAAUUAGAAAUGGGCAUUCCAUCCUACAUCACCUGGAUAAUGGCACCAAAUGCCAUUAUUUAAGAAUCAUCUUUUAACCCUAUAAAGCUGGAAGAUUAAAUAUGCUGGAAAAAGAGUUGUCCAUUUAAACUUAAGCAUGCUUUAUUAGCUUAGGAAAUAAAAAAUGAAAAGAGAAAAAGUAGCCUACUUAUUUCUCUUUUUUUCCAGAACAUAUUCUGAAAUUUAAAAAUAUUAGUCAAGCUUAUAUCUUACUUAAGUUGCUUUGCCUAACUCUUAAAUGAGUUCUAGUAUUCGAUAUGCCAAAAAUACAUUAAACCUAACUAUAAUCUGGGAAAAAAUAGAUUUUGAAGUAUUGUAACCAUAAUUUAUUAUGGCUGGUUUAAUCUUUUCAAAAUGGCAACUACAAUGAGCUUUGUUUUUUUAGAGCUAUAAAUUGUCUCAAUAUUAAAUUCUUUGUAAACAAAUUCUUCUUUGAGCUUGGAAAUAGCACUUUUGAUUACCCUGCAUGGUAUUAUUUGUCUGUCUAUAUUCUGGUUGAAUUCAACUGAUGUCUGUGCAUUUUUUCAUAAAAGGAUAUGAAAAAUCCCGAAGCUUAAACAACAUAGCGGGCUUGGCAGGCAAUGCUCUGAGGCUCUCUCCAGUAACAUCACCCUACAACUCUCCUUGUCCUCUGAGGCGCUCUCGAUCUCCCAUCCCAUCUAUCUUGUAAACCAAACUGCAUCAGUCGGCUAAAUUGUAUUAAUUCAAGUACUGUUUACCCCAUAAUGGAAAUAAUUAAAUGUAGAGUUACUCCAGGCUCCAUUAAUACAGUAUAAAUCUUGCAUGAUACUACAAUUUGAAGUCAGAAAUGCCACUUGGGUAGCUAAUGAAUCUUAUUCAGGCUUUAAAGAUUGUCUGAAGUAGUGCUAAGACUUCUCCUAUUAAUUGCCCUGAUCUUUUGCAAUAAAAUGACAGAUAGUGUCAGAUAUUGACCAGUACACUAAUAUAUAAACAUAUCUUCAGGGAGAUAUAUUUAAAACAGUGUGCUUCCAAAUGCCAACCACUUCGUUGGAACUUUAUUUCUUGUGACUGUAAACCAUUCUGAAGAUGUAUGGGAUCCUAUCUUGAUUGCACACAACAUGAUUUUGGUCAGCUCAUUUGCAUGGACCAUCUUGUCUCUAUCACCUGAAAGCAAUGUUGCAGAGUUCGGGGACUGUGGAUAGCUCAGGAUAUGUGUACUUGCAUUGAACCAUCCUGCUGAUAUAAAAGCAUUGGUCAACUGUUCUGCAUGUUGAAUUGUGGGGCAAGGAGGGCAAGUUUCUCCUUGACAUUUUUUUUCUUAUUUGAAAGAAUUAUUUGUUUUAAAUAGUUUAAUUUCUUGAUUAAUUUACUUUUCUUCAAAAAUGCUGUAUUGGAGUUCUGAAUGUCUCUGGUUAUUUGCACACAGAUAACUGCAAAGAGGUUGUCAUUACUGGUUACACGAAAGCCGAGGCCAGAUCUCUUACUUAAUGACUUGGGGAAGGCACAAAACAUGAGAGAAAGGUAACUGCCAGCCAGGCUUGCAUUGUUUAGCCAGGAAUUGCUGCUUGGUACUAGACUUGCUUUCCCCCUCCCCCCCGCCAGGAUUUAUCAUCAUUUUCAGGGACAGAGUGGCAAAGCUCUCAUGUCCUUUUUUUUUUUAAACCCUUUUAUUUUUAUUAAUUAUUUUGUGCAAACAUCAAAAGUCAUUGGUGUUCACAGAAGGUUUUUUUGACUAGCCUUAAAUUUCUGAAUCAAAAGAUUAACCAGAUUUUCAGGCAGUGCUUAAUAAGGUGCUUUGUCCUGUAUGUUGUUCCUGUCUGUCUGUCUUAGCUCCCUGUCUUUACUGUAUAUGCCAUCUGUCUUCAUGAAGCACAGAAAUGCCUCUGUAAGAUAUUCAUGAUUUUAAUAUUGAGUCCCUUCAAUCCCUGCCCCAUACCUAUUUUUUUGCUAUUUGGAGCAGCCUCUCUACUUUGUAUACAAAUUAAUGAUGCCCUGUAGACUACCUAAGUUAAUCUGCACUGUAAAUCUUUUUGAUAAGCAGGGUUUAAGCAGCAAUUUCACCAUUGCACUGGGUUGCCUGCUGCAGUGUCAAUUCCUACUGCCUAGCGACCAGCAUUCAUUACUACACUCUAACAAAAUCCUUAGGGAGUCAUAUUCAAUCUGAGUGGAAGAAAGUCUAUUUAUGCUUUCCUAUGAAUUCAACAGCAAUAGUGUGUCUGGUCUACUGAGCAUGUGAGGGAAGAAAAAUGCCGUAAUAUAAGUAGAGGGAUAAAUAAUAUUACUAAGGCAUAGGAUCCUUGAGACUGCUGAUUAAUUCCUAUUUCUCGUGUUUACUUUUUGUUAGGAAGACAGUUGUCGCUUUUAUUAUUGGCCAUGAAACAUGUAUUACUCUAUAUCCUGAAGUACUAGAGCAUGACCUGCAUGUCGGAGAUCUUGUACAGCAAUGUAUUUAUCCAGACAUAAAUGUGUGAUAUUUAGAGACACAGUGAUUCUUUUGAUAACACCACACAUAGAACAUUAUAAUUACACACAAAUUUAUGGUAAAAGAAUUAAUAUGCUGUCUGGUGCUGCUGUUAUUGACUACAGUGUUGUACAGAAUUUGUCAUGGAUUUUUGACUGCUGAAAAAGGGAUAGUGGAAUUUAGCCAUACAAAGGACUAUACUGGAAACAGACUUCUGCUGCUGAAUGUGCCCUGAUGUGACCAGGCUGCACUUGGAAGAGAUCCCCGCGUCUUCAUGAGGCACUAAAAGCUUAUAAAAGAACUGUGGCUGGAACUCACCUGGUGCUCCCCAUGCGAGUGCUCUGCUUGUAGACUGGCCAGCGUCCAUGAAGCAACUGUAAAUACCAACACAUGUGCAUGGGUCAACAGUCUUGGCCAUUUCUCAUCAAAAUAAGCCAAUUCAUGAUCAACAUCUCUGAAGUUCUAAGUAAGGCCCACACUUCUUUGAAUUACUCUUCAUGGGCCCACAGUAGGUUGUGCUGUGAAUUACCUAAGGCAGUGAUACUGAUGUAGUAUAGGUCUGUCUUAACUUCUCUUAUUUCUACUUUGUUGGUUGAAUCUAUGAACUUGAUCAUAUCAUUUUCUUAUAAAUCACUUAUGUAAUCAGAUUGUCAAUUAUGUUGUGAAAUUGUUAGUAUUCAUUUCACAAAAAUGACCUACGUUUAGUCACACAUUUGUUUAGUUCUGGGAAACUGUUAUAGCUUAAAUGAAACUCACCAACAUUAUUCAUAGUUUAAGUCUUUUAUCAUUAUUACCUCAAUUAUAAAUAUUACAAAAAUAUAAUUCUGGCAAUGAGAGUAUUUUUUUAUUCAAUGAUCAAGGAUCAAUGUCAGUAUAUAGUAAAAUAUUAAUUAAAUUAUAUCCUAAAAUGUAUAUUUUGCAUAAAAGAGAUAUUCUUCAAUCAAUUAAUUUUUUGUGAGUUUUGUGGCAAAUGAAGCUUGUACUUGUCUUUAAAAAUGUUGUAGUUAAAACUGUGUAAGUUUUUUUCAUCUUGCUUAAUCAAUACUUCCUGAGUCUAUUAGUUCCCCUGGGAUUCUGAAUAUAACAUAUAUUAUUAUAAACCCCUGUAUCGUGGACCUUUUGUGAACAUUUCAAGGCGCAUGCACAACCUUGGUAAUAACCAGUGGAAAUGUAACUAAUUGAAAUGAAGAAUAAAAGGCAAAUGAGCUGGGGACAAACUUGAAUCUUAUUGAUUAAAUUACUCAAAAUUCUCUUCUUGGCUCUUUUCUUUGUGGUGCAGUUUUCAACAGACUUUACUACUUUUAUGUUUUCUGGUAUCACUCCAGAUCCUAGUAUGCAACAAAGAAUUUGGGAUAAAAGGAUUUAACAACAUGCACAGUUCUAACUAUAUUCAAGUCUUAGGCAUGUAGCCAAUGUUUUCUUCUUCUUUCAUCUGCCUACAUUACUCUCCUAAUUCUGAGAAUUAAAAAGUAUUAAAUAUUAUGGCAACUGACAUUUACAAAGCAUUUAGAUUAGUGCUGAAAUUUUCU